AUGGCGUAUGAUGGCCUCACGUCGCAUCAUGUCAACUACUUGAUCUGGAGAUAUUUACAGGAAUCAGGCCACGGAGAUGCUGCGCUGAUGCUACAACGCGCCUGGAACCACAAUCCCCAAGAUUUCCCAUUCGCAUCGUAUAUUAAACCACAUGCCCUGAUCGUUCUAAUUCAGAAAGGGCUUCAGUAUUUUGAACUUGAACAAUCAUUAGACCAGGCCGGGAAUUCACUGCCCUUGACCACCGUAUCGUUCUUCGGCCCUGUUGCUAGUGACUCGCGCACUCCGGCGCGGAAGCCAGGCCAUGGCGAUAUCAAAGAUGGAACCGGCGCUGAAACCGGCACCCGCACAGCACUCCCCAAGCCUGCUGUGGGCAAACCAACAACGGACGGGAUCGUCAAUGGGCAUGCAAAUGAAGUUGUUACGACGCCAAUAUCUGGGAAGCCUGGGAAGUCUGCGAGUGCCAAGGAUGGCGAUGUGUCGUUCUAUGCCGGUGAAACACCCAUGGAAAUUGACCAGCAAGACAUGACCCAAGAACGAGCCCCCCAAGCCAAGGCGUCGCCCCUGGCCGAACCUGUUGUAGAUGCGGAUGGGGACAUCGGUAUGCGAGGACAAAACGAGCGGGAACCAUCUCCACCGAUCUUCACCUUAACAGUCGGUCAGAGUACUGGCGUUCAAAUAUCUCCCUCUAAAGCAGCCGAUUUGGGUCCAGACACUACCCUCUUUGACAUCGGUAGUAACAGCGAGAUAACACAGACACUAUGGCGGCCAGAUGAUCCAACAACAGUGACUGCAGCCGGUGACACAUUCUGUGGCCUCUGGAAACUGUCAGGGCCACGUUCUGCAGUUGCACCGACUCAUGAGCCUUUGGUCGAAACUAAAGGGGAUGGGACAUGUGUAACCACCUCGAGUUGGGAUUCUGCUGGCAAGAUGCUCGCAGUAGCUACCUACCAAGAUCCAAUGAAUGGAAAUAUUACCAUGUAUGGGCACGAUGGGACUGCUGUAGACCUACUCCCGGACUUACCAAGGAUGGUAUCUGGACUCUACUGGGCUCCUCGAGGGCUGCGGAUGAUUGUGGUCUUAUCCGAUGGGCAGCACUCCGAAUUAACACUGUGGGAUCAAGCAAUUCGACCCGAUGAGUUCCCAGCACCGCAGGUGAUAGAUGGGCUAGUCCAUGAGGUAUCGUGGUGCAGUGAUGAGAUGAUCUAUGCGUGUGGAAAUGGAUCGGUAUAUGAGUACCGCGGGAUUACCGAUCUCCUCCUCAACAAAACUUACAAUUCCAAUGACGGACAGGAGCCGUGGACAUUCAUUGCCAGCGCCAUGAUAGCCGGUUCACCAGUGGCCGUUACCGCUUCCAGCUCGACUACAAAUAUUUGGGUUCCCACCCAUGACAUCAGUGUCAGCGCGACCCACCAUGGGGAUAUAACGGCGCUCGAGCUCCGACCACAGCCGCAGUCAAGUCUUUUUCAAAAGAGUACAUCGUUGCUAUUCGCCACAUCUUCUAUGGACGAUACGGUUAAACUCUGGAACGUAAAUGUGGAAUCGAAGCAGAUCCAGUGUUUGCACCGCUUGUACCUGGGCGCGUCGUCUCCGGCUUUAUGCUCGAGAUUUUCGCCAGAUGGCUACGCCAUCGCCGCGGCGACGCAUGAUAGACUUUUUAUUUGGAGUGUGGAGCGUGGCGGGGUGGCGCUGGCGAAAUGGACGGCGCCAAGAACUGUUGUAGAUCACCCGGAUGGAGCAGGUAAUAAUAAUAAAAAUAUGGAGGAUUUGGAGGAUGCUGCGUUCUAUCGUUCCCUAUCGUGGGAUUGUGACGGCAAGAAACUUGCUCUGGGAUUUGGGAAACAGAUGGCUAUCAUCAAUCUUCAACGAUGA